UGGUGGUCUGGAAGUUCCUUCAACUGGGACAAAUGAACAUCUUUUUUAUUAUUGCGUCCUUUGGUCUUAAGUAAUGAUGUCCACCAUUGAUCAUCAGUGGAAUUUGGCAGUUGUAAACAUGAAAGUUGCGAUCCAAUCUGUUCUAGUUGUUUUAUUCCUAACUGGAGGCAUUUGGAGCCAGGAUCUAACAAACUAUUUAGAGCGUCUAGAAUACUUUUAUGAAUGCCCGAAAGAGUGUCGAUGCCCUUCUACUUAUUCAAAUGCCCUGUACUGUGACAACCAAAACCUCAAAGAGAUGCCCAAAAUGCCAUCAAGGGUUUUGUAUGGGUACAUUCAGAACAAUUUCAUCGAAGCACUCCCAGAAAAGUCCUUCAAGAACAAAACCCAAUUGAGAUGGAUAAAUCUAAAUAAGAAUAAGAUUACAAGCGACAACAUUGAUAAAGGCCUGUUUCAGAAGAUGGAAAAUCUGCUUCACCUGUACAUGGAUGAUAAUAAUCUUGAAGAAGUGCCUGCACCCCUGCCAAGCAGCUUAGAGCAUCUUCGCCUGGCCAGGAAUAAGAUUUCUCGCAUAUCAGAGGGAGCUUUCACCAACCUGGACAAACUGAUAUUGCUUGACCUGCAAGGCAACAACUUGAAAGACUUUGCCAUUGAGGUGAACACAUUUCAAGGGCUGAAGAGUCUACUGCAGCUUAAUUUGGCCAAGAAUGGCCUCAAGGAAAUGCCCCCACAAAUCCCCAGUUCAACUCUGCAACUCUUCUUGGACAAUAACUCCAUUAAAGCCAUCCCACAGGACUACUUCAGUGGACUUCCAAAGCUGUCUUUCGUCAGGCUAAAUCAUAACAAGAUUUCCGACACUGGAAUUCCUGAGUUUGUUUUUAACGUCUCAUCCAUAAUAGACUUGCAGUUGUCACACAAUCAACUCACUAUAGUUCCACCCAUCCAUCUCAGUCUUGAACACUUGUACCUCGACCACAACCAAAUCAAAAACAUUAAUGGAGCUCAGGUCUGCCCCAUACCCAUCAACACACUUAGCCAGAUGCCCUCAACGGAUCAUCAGCCUCGUCUCCGUUACCUCCGCCUCGAUGGCAAUGGAAUCAAACCUCCCAUCCCUCUAGAGCUCUUGAUGUGUUUUAGACUUCUUACUGGAAUUGUCAUUUAAGUAGUCAAGCUUACUCUCCAACUCAGUUCCGAGAGAAAGAAAAAAAUGCAAGUCUUGCGGGUCUGAUACUUGCAGUUUGAGAUGAUUCCUAUUUGCAUACCAUCUAAACUGAAAAAAUGGCAAUAAAAUAAAUCCAGUAAUGGCAGAAAAGCACUGGCAAUAAUUCAAACGCAUUUGUCUUAAGUAAAUACCAAUCUGAACUAUAUUGAAUUCUGGCCAGAAAAGAAAAUCGCCCAGUAUUAUUAUCAUGGGCAGAUUUUCCAAGCCCUUAGUUGCAAUUAGAUCCCUGAUUCUCCUGCAAGUCUGUUUUGGAAAAUUGGUACUCUUUAGUAAAUCUUCAUACUAUAGUAUUCUAAAUAGCUUGACCAGACUGAAGUAAUAUCUGGUGUUAUGUCAAGGAGCAGAAACUGUACAAUAUUGUAAUUUUACCUUGAUCUUCUCUCUGUUGAAUUAUAGAUUCAUUGUUUGAUUGAAGAUUUCACAAUGCACACAUUUAAAGCACCUCUUAGAUCUGACUUGUGUCAUCGCUAACACAUGUUCCGAGUUAUGGUAAAAAUUUAAUUUGGAAUUUUAAUCCAUAUUGUACGUACUCCAUUAACAACUAAAGCAAAAUAACUUGCUUGUCACUCCAUCAUCUUCUUCCUCUGAUCUACAAGACAUUUUUAUUCUGGAAUCUGAUCUACUGAGGUCUACCAGGAUAUAAUCCCAAAUACAGAAUGUGACUAUGAAGACCAGAAAUUGGGAAUCAGCAAAAAUGUUGUAAAUUCACAUCAGUGGAAACAAUCUGGAAAUCUCUCCAUACAAAAGGCUGGAAAUGUUAGGGCACAACUGGAGCUUUCAAGACCAGGAUUGGUAGACUCAUGUUAGGUGAGGUUGUCAAUGGACAAGGAGCAAAGAUAGGUAAUUUAUUACUCAUUCCUGGGAUGUGGGCAUCACUGGCAAGACCAACAAUUAUUGCCCAUCCAUACUUGCCCUUAAACCGAGUGGCUUGCUUGUCCAUUUUCAAGGGCAGUUAAGGAUCAACCACUUUGCUGUGGGUCGGAUCGGAGUCACUGACCAGGUGUAAAUGGCAGAUUUAUUUUGUUAAAGGACAUUGGCCCAGAUAUUCCAAUUAUCCUUGGUAUGGAUUCAACCUUUACCCAAUUACCUGAUGAUGAUUUUUCCAUCCAUGAUUCCCAAAGCUAUGCUGAAUGUCUGGAUCAGAGGAAACAGGGGGAAAAAAGUCCACUCACUUAGUGCAAGAGUGGCAUUAUGUCCAAAAUACUCCCCUCUUUUUACAGACUUGCCAUUGUAUUUCAGGAAUUAUUUAAAGUUUGCAAUGUCAUAUUGACAACAACUGUGUAAGGUACACGAGGAGGGGUAAGGUAGCAGAUUGGUGGAUAAAGAGGAUAAAUGUCAGAUAGAUGACAUGCAUAAAAUGCCAGGUUGGUGAAGGGUGUCAGAUCGUUAGGGUAUCAGGCGGGUGAGGGGAUAAGUGGGUAGCUGCCAGGUAAACGAAAGGCUGCUUAUUGGAGGUCAGAGGAGUAACAUCGACUGGGGCUGGGAGAGGUAUUGGCUCCAGGGUUGGAUUGGACCAAGGUGGCCAGGCUGAUGUUGAGUGGGAUGGCGAGGUCAGGGGAUGGCAGGGGGAGUUAUCUCCAACAGGGUGGAGUCAGGAGGUUGGGCCACAUCCAAUGUAAGGUAGAGGCUUGGGUUGGGUCAGAGGGGUUGUCAGAUGUCGAUGGGAAAUAAUAAACGGUGAGUCAGAGGGUGUCAAUUUAAUAGCUACAUUGGCGUUGGAAUAGUCUUUUAAUCUGAUAACAUUCUGAAUUCUCCAACUGUAAUGAAUUUAUUCAGAGGGUUCGAGAUUUGGGGAAAUUGCAUCAGAGUCAGUUGCACAUACAUGGUCUCAAUGUGCAACUCCAGUUUGCACUGUUCACUGGACUAUCUGGGUCAAUACUGAAUCUGUUGAGUUUUUACAAAAACGUUAUGAUAGUUUCAUGAUCAACAUGACUGAGCCUAGCGUUCAAUUCUAGGUUAUUUAAAAAAAAAUCAAAUUGACAUUUCCCAAUCUUCACUGGUAGAAUUUGGAGCCACAUUCCCAGCUGAUCAGCUAUUAGUCCAAUGACAUUACCACCAUCCAAACAUUUCACUACAUGUGAGUCGGCCUAGAUUGAACUUAAUGAUGGAGCAGCUUUGUGGGGUUGAACACCCUAAUCCUGUUUAUAACCUGGAGAGAGAGAAACAAACAGACUAGUGUCUUUUGAGACUUGUCCUGAGGGAUGGUAUUUUUCAAAACACUUGCUUCCAUUUUCUCUAUUCAGAUGCAAACCCAUUACUAUAUCAUCACACCAGUACUAGAUAUCCUUGUGUAAUCAUAAUAGACUGCAUAGUCUUCCGAUGUCAUCCCCACUGCAAUCACACAAUGAGUGUAUAGACAGCAUUUGAACCGAAAGACUGCAAUCUAUAGAUUGAUCUACAUAUACUGGAAUAAUCUAAAUCAUGAUUUUUUAAAAAAUCAAAUCAAUUGGAAAUCAAAUCAAUUGGAAAUUCUAAAGACAGAAGCAUGAAAAAGAUUUAAAAAGCAGAAACUCUACUUUUUACUAUUUUUAGUUUUUCAAUUAGUUCAUACAUUCCAAUUCUGAAAAUAUUUAAACCCAAACAAUAAAAUACUGGAAGCAGAUAGCAGGUGCUUUUAAAGAGAACAGGGUGCCUUUUGGCCCAUCAUUCUUCUGUUAACUCUUUGAAAGAGCUGGGUCAAACUGCCCUGCUCUUUUCCCACUCACCUGCUCUCUUUCCAUUUCCCUACUCUUUUCCAUAGCCUUGCAAACUAGCAUCAUAUUUAAUUUUGAAAUUUGCCACUAAAUAUGCUUCCAUUGCCCCCAUAGGGGCUGAUUCUGACUUGUAACAACUCACUGCAUUAACCUUCGUAGCACUGGUUAUUGACAAUUUGCAAUUAGAUAGAUGUAGUAUUGUGUGCAUGGUCCUGAUGAAGGAUGAAUAACAGGCAGAUUGUAGUGCAUACAUAGGAGUUUCAGGCCACUACCUGGGAGACCUGGCAGUUCAAUUCACAGCAAAGUCCACUCAUGGAAUAGCAUGAAACUGUGGGCAAGGCUCCCCUCCUCAAACACCAACUUGGAAAGUGACCCCUCAGUGCCCUCACUGAAUGAGCUAGAUAUUUGGGAGGAAACUGACAACAGAUUUUGAUCCUGAAAAAUCACUACAAAAGAAUGUUCUGAAAUUCAACUGUUUUAUAUACCUAACUACUAUAAAAAUCCCCAUGCAAUAUGAUAGAAGGUAUGACUAUGUUUUACUAGAUCCUUAUGCAUCAAAUAUGCUUAUUAUACUAUAAUUUGAGCCAAGAAACUUAGAAUUCAUAAUAGAAUAGUGCUGUGUAAUAUGCAUGUUAUUAUUCCAGCAUAGGAACAUCUUAUAAUAAACAUGCAUGGACAAGGUUAAUUUAUUUCUAUUUCAGAUAAAUAAACUACCCGGAGUCUUU